CUCUAAAGUCGAACGGCGCAGGCGCACGGGGCAGUCCGCUCAGAGUGCGCAUGCGCUGCGCCUGUACAGUUCCUACGCGGUCUGUGGGCGCCUCCGUGUUUGCGCGCGAAGAUGGCUGAGCAGGCACCGAAGUCGGUGCUCUUCGUGUGUCUGGGUAACAUCUGUCGAUCACCCAUCGCUGAGGCCGUUUUCAGGAAACUUGUAACUGAUCAAAACGUUUCAGAUAAGUGGGUCAUUGACAGCAGUGCUGUUUCUGCCUGGAACGUGGGCCGGGCACCAGAUCCCAGAGCUGUGAGCUGCCUAAGAAAUCAUGGCAUCGACACAGCCCACAGAGCAAGACAGGUUACUAAAGAAGACUUUGUCACGUUCGAUUAUAUUCUGUGUAUGGAUGAGAGCAAUCUGAGAGAUUUGACUCGAAAAAGUCAUCAAGUCAAUAACAGCAAAGCUAAAAUUGAACUACUUGGGAGCUACGAUCCUCAGAAACAGCUCAUUAUUGAAGACCCCUAUUACGGAAAUGAGUCUGACUUUGAGACCGUGUACCAGCAGUGUCUGAGGUGCUGCAGGGCCUUCCUGGAGAAGGCCCACUAGUGCGUCCGUCCCUGCGCCUGCUGGUGCCCGGCCCCGCGUCCCAGCCGAGGGCCACGUCCGUAGCUCAAGGCCAGUGCUGGUACUUCCGUCCACUUACUGUUUCUUACUUUAAAAAUAAUUGUAGAUGGAAAUCAGUGGUUCUGUUUGCAAAAGAAUAAAUACCUUUGACUCAGACAGUUUAUGGGGCACAUGAAGUGUUCUUACACCAGUGGGGCCUCCCACUUGGCUCCCGUUACAGAUGAUCUAGUAGAACAACCUAAUCCGUCUGUCAGCAUGUGAGCCUCGUAAGUCACCUGCCCUCCCUCUUCCCCGAGUCUGGACGACAUGAGGAGGAGCGCCCUGUCCCGGCACUCCCUUCCCGGGCAGCAGGGCCCUCCCGAGGGCUCACAGCCAAGGAGGGUGUCCAUUUACACUUGUAGGAAAGAGGCUCAUGGAACAGCAAUCCUUCCUAGUUUCUGUCUAGCUUGUAGCAUAAGGGAGUCCGCUUAUUUGUCCCAUUUGAGCCACAGUUACAUCCAGAAAGGACACUUGUUAGCUGCUUUAUCUGUGGUUGGUAAGAGUUGGAAAAAUUUUAUGUUGGCAUGCUUAAAUAUUGAUGUGGUGAUACGUAUUCUUCAGUGCUUAAUUUAUAGGUAAUUUCUAUGUUCUUUCAGAUAACUAAUCUAAAAUUCAUAUGGCUACAUGUUAGAGAAGACUUCAAAAUAAAUUGGGGAAGUUAUAAAAAUACAACUAAGAUGUAA